GAAACAGAGUUAGAGAAAUGCCGAGAGCCACUCAAAUCUUACGCCAAAGCCGCAAAGCUGUGGAGGAUCUCAACUUGCUUAAGGUCUUACGAUCUGAGAUAUCCCAAGAACUCUCCUCUAAUUCAUUUCAGGAUGAACAAAACGGAUCUCUUGGAGAUUUUGUAUUGGAAUGGAAUUCAUCACAGUCACAGGAUGUUGUUUUGCGGCGAAAAGGUGAGUCUGGUGAAGAGGUAGCCGUUUCAGCUUUGUUGAGCCGGGAGACAUAUUAUACCGAGGGCAUAUUUCCUAGGAAAGUUCUAAUGAAGGUCUGUGUAAAAAAGCCUGGGUUGAGCUCUAUUUUGCAGUUCCAUUGUGGAGUUUUCGAGAAAGGAGUUCGCAGGUCCGACUUCAACAUCCAUGGUGCUUAUCUUCAAUCAAUGACCAUUCCUACUUCUUCUGUCUACAGAGGUCCCUCGUUCAGCACUUUGGACCCUCAACUACAAGAUGAACUUAAGGAAUAUCUUGUCGCCAGAGGGAUCGGAGAAGACUUGACCAAUUUCCUCCUCCUCACACUACAUAAGAAAGAAGAAUGUCAGUAUUUAGAUUGGUUGCAGAAACUCGAAUCAUUUGUUGCAAAAGACGAGUGAGAGAUUAUUUUCGACGGCAGCAUUUGAAGUUAUACAUGCUUCCACAUUUUUUUUGCACCACUGGGGUGGUCGCAUGCUGUAGUGGAAAAGAUUUGUUGAUCAAAUAACCAAAGUCAUCCUCGAAUGGUUUUCCAUCGACCUGUUAUUUCAAUACUUUUAACAGUUUUUUCAC